UCAGAUGGCUUCAGACUGUGACUCACCUCUGGAGAUGGCGGCUCUGGGUCGCUCCUUUCUCCUGGGCAUGUUUUAUGACUGCAGAUCUGACAAACUGGUGCCAGGCCUGAGUUUCUGGGACCAGGAGAAGCUGGACAAAGACAUGAGAGUGACCCGUGAACCCAGUACUGAGUGUCAGAUCGUGGUGUCUGACCACCUGUCUAAGAAGGCCUCUUCACUCCAAGUGGACGCUGGACUCAAAGCCAGUUUUCUGAGUGGACUUGUGACCGUACAAGGCUCAGCAAAAUAUCUGAACAAUAAGAAAAGUUCCAGUAGACAGGCCCGUGUCACUCUGCAGUACAAAACUACGACACAGUUUAAAACAUUGUCCAUGAACCAGCUCAGCGAAGAAAACUUAAAGCACCACGAGGUCAUUAAAAAAGGUCUAGCCACACAUGUAGUAACAGCCAUCCUCUACGGAGCCCAGGCCUUCUUUGUGUUCGACCAAGAAACAUCUCAAGAUGAAAAUGUCCAAGAAAUUCAGGGAAACCUGAAGGUGAUGAUUGAAAAAAUCCCAAACAUCUCCAUUGAUGCAGAAGGGAAUCUGAAAAUGGAGGACAGAGACAAAGAAAAGGUGAACAAGUUCUCCUGCACUUUUCACGGAGAUUUCUGUUUAGACAAAAGUCCAACAACAUUUGAAGAAGCAGUAAAAGUUUAUCAAGACCUGCCGAAACGUCUGGGCCCCAAAGGUGAGAACGCAGUCCCUGUGAGGGUGCACCUGCUGCCCCUCAGCGCCUUAGACUCUGCAGCGUCUAAACUGGUGCGUCACAUCAGUUUGAGGUUAGUCUGUGAGGCAGAGAACAUCCUGGAGAACUUCAGGGAGCUGGACAUGAUCUGUAAUGACAUCCUGAAGAGUCCUGCAGGACAGAACUUCUCAUACGUUUCUGAAAAAGUCAAAACCUUUAACUCUUUGUGCUCUGAGUUCCUCCUGGGACUCCAGGAAACUCUGGCCACAAAGCUUCCCUCGAUCAGAGGAGGAGGAGAGGAGGAGGCUGCUCUGGCAGAAGUCCUGAAGAGGGCAACAGAGAGUCCGUUCAGCUUUCACCGUUUGAACCAGUGGAUGGAAGAGGUCACUGAGGAGGCCAACACCAUAAAAGUCCUCACAAAUCUGAUGAGAAACACAGAAGUUAUCUCCUCGAAAAAUGACCUCAAGAAGAAGGUGUUUGACUCAGAGAAAGCCCUGGUGUUUGUGUUCACGUCUCUGGAGAGGGCAGGCCGUACCUCGAAGAACUGA